CAGCAUUACUUUCUAAGUCACUCAGCACUGAGUCCCCACAUCUCACUUUUUAGUUUAAUUUCAGCGGACCAAACUUCUCCAGAAUGAGCUUCAGAACCCCCAGCAUGCAGCAGGCGCCUUCUGCCAGGAUCUCCUUCAGCCGCUCCACACCUCAGUACCGUGCUGCCAGCAUUUAUGGUGGUGCUGGUGGUCAUGGAGCUCGCAUUUCCUCUGCUUCUGCAUCUGGACUGCGUUCUGGUCCUCCGAUCUCAUCCGCUAACACCUUCAAGCUGAUGGGUGGUGGCAUGAGCGGUGGCAUGAGCAGUGGCUUUGGUGGUGCGAGCACAUCUGGGGGAACUGGGUCUAGUGCUGAGAUCCUGGGCAACCAGAAGGGAGCCAUGCAGAACCUAAACGAUCGCCUGGCUAGUUAUCUGGAUACGGUGAGGAACCUGGAGCAGGCCAACAAGGAACUGGAGAUUAACAUCAGGGAGGCCUUGGAGAAAGGAGGACCUGACACCAGAGACUAUAGCAAGUAUGAGGCCAUCGUGGAGGACUUACGUAAACAGAUCUUUGAUAAGAUAGUGGAGAAGGCCGGCUUUGAGCUCCAGAUUGACAACGCCCGUCUUGCUGCUGAUGACUUCAAAUUAAAGUUUGAGAAUGAGCUGGCUAUCCGCCAGUCUGUGGAGGCCGACACCGCCGGGCUGAAGAGAGUCAUUGAAGAAACCAACGUGACCCGAAUAAACAUUGAGAACGAGAUGGAAGCUGUGAAAGAAGAGCUGCUGUUCCUGAAGCGGAACCACGAGAAUGAAGUGAUGGAGCUGAGGAGCCAGAUCUCUCAGUCAGGCGUGCAGGUGGAUGUGGAUGCCCCCAAAGGUCAGGACCUGUCUCAGAUCAUGCAGGAUGUGAGAUCAACCUACGAGAAGAUCGCUCUGAAGAAUGCAGAGGACCUCAAACGCUGGCAUGAAAAUCAGAUUGCAGACGUGCAGGUGCAGGUAUCUGAGAACACGGAAGCUCUCCAGGGAGCUCAGAUGGAGAAGAGUGACCUCACCAGGCAGAUACAGUCUUUGGAAAUUGAACUUGCAUCUCAACAAAGCUUAAAAGCCUCUUUAGAGGACACUCUCCACAACACAGAGCUUCGUAACAACAUGGAGAUGGAGAAGUACAACACUCUUAUUUUACGCCUGGAGGAAGAACUCACCAACCUGCGUGCAAACAUCCAGCAACAGACACAGGAGUAUGAGGUGCUGCUCAACAUGAAGAUGAAACUGGAGGCCGAGAUCAGCACUUAUAAGACUCUGCUAGAUGGAGGAGACUUUAAGCUGCAAGAUGCACUGGAUGAGCUGGAGUCUGCAAGUUAAUUUGAAACAAAAUAAAAGAAAGUCUACAGUUUCAAAUGAAGAAAAGAUGCCCACAACUAUCAAUCAUGGAUUAAAACAGUGGUCCAGUUAAUUACACAAUGCCAGUUUUGCUACUGGAAGAAUAAAGAGUACUUAAAUAACAACGUGUUAUGAAACAUUUGGCCCCUGAAACAAAUAAAAACUGUUGCUGA